GUCCCCGCCCUGCCAGCGCGCCGCCCGCGGGGAGGUGACGGGGCCGCGCCGCCUCCGCCGCCUCCGCCGUCCCGCAGGCCUCGGCGCUCGCACUCCCGGCUCUGCCCGCCUCGCGGCUCGCGGCCCCGCGUCGAGGCUCCGGCAAGAUGACGCUCAAGGCGAGCGAGGGCGAGGGCGGGGGCGGCAUGCGCACCGCGCUCUCCGACCUCUACCUGGAGCACUUGCUGCAGAAGCGCAGCCGGCCCGAGGCUGCAUCGCAUCAGGCAAGCGCCAUGACCGAGGACAUGUACACCAACGGCUGCGCUGCCCCAGGCAGCCCUGCCCAGGCCAAGGGGCAAGACGUGAGGAAGGUGCGACUCAUCCAGUUCGAGAAGGUCACGGAAGAGCCCAUGGGAAUCACCCUGAAGCUGAAUGACAAGCAGUCCUGUACAGUGGCGAGAAUUCUUCACGGUGGCAUGAUUCACAGACAAGGCUCCCUUCACGUCGGGGAUGAGAUCCUGGAAAUCAAUGGCACAAACGUGACUAAUCACUCAGUAGAUCAGCUGCAGAAGGCGAUGAAAGAAACCAAAGGAAUGAUCUCAUUAAAAGUAAUUCCCAACCAGCAGAAUCGUCUUCCUGCACUACAGAUGUUCAUGAGAGCGCAGUUUGACUAUGACCCCAAAAAGGACCACCUGAUCCCUUGCAAGGAGGCGGGGCUGAAGUUUGUCACCGGGGACAUCAUCAAGAUAAUCAACAAGGAUGACAGUAACUGGUGGCAAGGGCGGGUGGAAGGUUCCUCCAAGGAGUCAGCAGGAUUGAUCCCUUCCCCUGAGCUACAGGAAUGGCGAGUGGCCAGUGUGGCUCAGUCGGCUCCGAGUGAAGCCCCAAGCUGCAGUCCCUUUGGGAAGAAGAAGAAGUACAAAGACAAGUACCUGGCCAAGCACAGCUCCAUUUUUGACCAGUUGGACGUCGUUUCCUACGAGGAAGUUGUUCGGCUCCCCGCGUUCAAGAGGAAGACCCUGGUGCUUAUAGGAGCCAGCGGGGUCGGCCGCAGCCACAUUAAGAGUGCCCUGCUCAGCCAGAACCCGGACAAGUUUGCGUACCCCGCCCCAUAUACCACACGGCCGCCCAAGAAGAGUGAGGAAGAUGGGAAGGAAUACCACUUCAUCUCCACCGAAGAGAUGACGAGAGACAUCUCUGCCAACGAGUUCCUGGAGUUUGGCAGCUACCAGGGCAACAUGUUUGGCACCAAAUUUGAAACCGUGCACCAGAUUCAUAAGCAGGACAAGAUUGCCAUCCUGGACAUCGAGCCCCAGACCCUGAAGAUUGUCCGCACAGCAGAGCUGUCACCGUUCAUUGUGUUCAUCGCACCCACCGACCAGGGCGCCCAGACAGAGGCCCUGCAGCAGCUGCAGAAGGACUCCGAGGCCAUCCGCAGCCAGUACGCGCACUACUUUGACCUCUCGCUGGUCAACAAUGGCGUCGAUGAGACCCUGAAGAAAUUGCAAGAAGCCUUCGAGCGGGCGUGCAGUUCUCCACAGUGGGUGCCCGUCUCCUGGGUUUACUAAGCUUGCAGAACGGGGGAGCUUCCGUCCGCCCUUCUCUAGCGGUGUGAACUCCAUUCUCCUUGCUUUCAGACAAACAGGGACGCUCCCCUAGUUUUUUUGUCAGCUUCCCGCACUCUGCUCCUAUCCUACUUCCGCCAGUGGGCGUCAGACUGGUGCAGGCUCCUGGCUGGGCUCUGACUCUCCUGCUAGAUGGAGCCCCAGUGAUCAGGGCUUCAGAAGGCUCUCUGGAAACCUGAGGCCGAAAAUACUGUCAAAACGCAACUGCUAAUCAAAGAUGGUGCACACAGAGAGGAAAAGCGACGGACCUUGUCCCUUAAAGCCUGUGCGCCUUCACCUCGAAUCACCCCGGGCACUUCAUUGGUCUUGGAAGCAUCUGUAACCUCAGCCUCAACUUUCUAAAAUGCCAAAAUGAAACAGCUGCGCAAUAGGAGGAUGUCUGCUCUAGGGAAACCCUCAAAAGCAAUAAAAAUGUGUUAAAACGCC